AUGCAUCUUAAUGAAGAUCAAGACCGGCGAGAGCCUUGCGACAAGGCAGACUUGGUAAUUCAAGAAAAUGUUCAGCGAAAAUGGCAGAGCUAUCUAUGGGAUACACUUGACAAAUCACCAGAGGAACGCACUUUCCUCUUCAAGCUUGACUUCGCCUUACUCACUUUUGCCUCCUUGGGCUAUUUCAUUAAGUAUCUGGACCAGGCUAAUAUCAAUAAUGCUUUCGUGUCCGGAAUGAAAGAGCAGCUGGGGUUGUAUGGCAACGAGUUGAACUAUAUGCAAUCGUGUUGGACUGCUGGUUAUGUGAUCGGGCAGAUACCCAGUAACAUACUUUUGACGCGAAUUCGUCCAUCUAUAUGGAUACCCUCAAUGGAGGUCGCCUGGACCGUGCUUACGUUCUGUUUGUGCCGUUGCACGAAUGCACGUCAAAUAUACGCUGUUCGAUUCUUCGUUGGGCUUGCCGAAAGUUCCUUCUAUCCUGGCAUGCAGUAUGUCAUUGGUUCAUGGUAUAGGAAAGACGAGCUGGCGAAACGGUCUUGCAUUUUCCAUGUCAGCAGUGCGAUUGCCACCAUGUGCUCUGGCUACUUGAUGGCGGCUGUAUACCAUUUGGGAGGAAGAGGCGGCUUCGCUGGAUGGCAGUGGCUAUUCAUGGUUGAUGGAAUCAUCUCCCUACCAAUUGCCUUGGCCGGGUUUCUCUUCAUCCCAGACGUGCCCGAGACCUCUCGCGCUUUCUACUUGAGUAAAAAUGAUCGAGCAUUUGCCAAGAAGAGAAUGCAGCUCGAAGGUCGUAAGCCGCGAGCACCGUACACCAAGGCGAAGAUACGGAAAAUAUUGACAUCCUGGCAUAUAUACGCACUCACGGCGCUUUACGUCUUUUUCAAUAAUGGUGGUGCAGGCGCUGUGCCUGUGUUUGCCCAAUUUCUCAAGGAUUCAAAGCACCCCAAAUAUUCCAUUGCUCAGAUAAACGACUACCCAACGACGACGUAUGCUGUCCAAAUCAUCACGACACUUUUGUACGCUUGGACCUCAGAUUCCAUACUUAGUGGAGAUAGGCUACCGCCUAUUGUAUUUGGAGGAGCCGUCAACAUCAUCUGCUACAUAUCUCUCGCAAUCUGGGCUAUUCCAGAGGGUUGGCGAUGGACAUGCUACAUUCUGUCAGGUGCAGGCUUUGGCUUAUCCGGUCUCUGCAUGGCUUGGGCCCAUGAGAUUUGUGCUGAUGACAACGAAGAGCGAGCCAUCGUCGUGGCUAGUAUGAACGAAAUGGCUUAUGUUCUCCAAGCGUGGCUUCCACUGCUUGUGUGGCAGCAAAUUGAUGCACCGCAGUAUCGAAAGGGUUUUAUCACCGUUACUGUCCUUUCCGCAUCCUUGAUAGUAACUGGGUUUAUCACGAAAGCACUGCACAAGAAUCAGAUACGAAGGCAAAGCUACAACGUGCAGGCACGAGACCAACAAGUGGAUGGCGAGACCGUGAGAUCGUCUGGCGAAGACGUAAUGUCUGAGCAUGUGCAGAUGGCUGCUAAAGAAUAA